ACUUUGAAGUCUAUCGGUUCGCGAAACGUGUGAAUCAAGCAGAAGCGAGGUUACUUGAUGUCUGAAAACACCUGAUUCAAACAGCAAGACUGAUUUAUACCCAGUGGUUCUGAUUCCCGUCCCAGCGCGAGGUUUGUCGUCUGCUCGUUGGACAACACAAAAGCGUCGUCUGCACUCGCGACGCCUCUUCCUCCUCUCCACUGCACCCAACAGUUAGUGAGACGGCGUGCCGUGUGCAAGCGAAGCCACUGCGGUGUCUUGCGUCGACUUGAAAUCCGUCCAAGAAGCCUCCUGGCGCUCUUGUGCGCGUUUUCGUCAUCCGGGUCACGGUCACUGGAUUUUUCGCCCGUCCAGGUUACGGAGUGCGCAGCGGUGUUGCUGCAGUACGGCGGUUGGUCAGCUCAGUGUUGUGUGACCUGAAGGCUCGCCAUUCGGAUAACGUCUGCCGGCGUUGGUGUGCGACCGAGCGUCUGCUAACGAGAUUCGGUGGAAGAAGGAUUUGCGCUUUCGUUCCGAUUCAAGAAACAGCCGACUCUCGAUCGACGGUGGUCCCUUCUCCGCUAUUCCGAGACGGUGAACGAGCUAUCGUCUCUCAUCACCGGAGGAGGCAUCGUUAUCGUGAGCAACAGCAGCACCGUAAGUUCUCUGAGCAGCAGCAGAAGCGUUGGCCACAAUGGUAUCUUCGUGGUUCCGCGCGUGACCGCGCGGUGGCGCUGCCGCUAAAGCCUCCUGCGUGAAAGGAGGAGUGGAGGCAGUGCGCAUGCGCGGGCGGCCCAGCCGCACUGCAGGCUGGCCGACAGCGGCGUGAGAAAGCACUCCAGCGACGCGGCGCUGGAAGCCCCGCCUUCAGGCGCCCGCCCCAAGAUGGGCAGAGGCAGCAAGAAGUCCUCGUCCUCGGCGCCUGCCGCUUCCAACGCGCCGACGCAGGCGUCGACGCCCAAGCUCAAGAACAAGUCUAAGAGCAAGUCCAAGUCUUCGCACGGGUCUGCGCCGCCUCCGCCGCGGACCAAGCCGCGGGCACAGCGGCUGCGCAGCGCCAACUCCGGCGUCAUCAGCUCGCUGAACAUGCUUCAGCUGUCGCUGCUCAACAGUGGUCUUCUGCCCCUGCCGGACGAGGCCUCUUCUUUCAUACCCACACAGCCCAUCGAGCUGGCCCGGUUCCCAAAGCACAUAGCGCUCUUCAAGAAGUACGACGUGCUCCUCAAAACGGAGUUCCUGCUUGCGACGAAAGGUGAAUCUCACUGCAUGCGACACGCCAGCAAGCCGGACAACGACAACAAGAACACCUACAAGAAGCUGCUCCCCUAUGACUACAACCGCGUCGUUUUGGAAACGCUACCCGACAUUCCCGACUCCGACUACAUCAACGCUACCCACAUAGACAGCAUUCUGAAGCCGAACGCCUACAUCGCGGCUCAAGGUCCAAACGAGGACACCAUCAGCGACUUCUGGCGAAUGGUGUGGGAGAAAAGAUGCUACGUCGUCGUCAUGCUCACCAAGGUGUUCGACUUCAUUCGGGUGAUGUGCUGCCAGUAUUGGCCCAUGGAGUUGGAACCAGAGAAGUACGGCGUCAUUGAGGUGACGCUGCUCUCGGAGGACGCCAUGGCGAACUUCGUCAUCCGGACGCUGAGGCUACGAAAGGGUGAAGAGGAGCGUGACGUGUUCCAGCUUCACUUCACCAGCUGGGCGUCUCACACGCAGCCCUUCACCAACGCUCUGCUCGACUUCAGGCGAAGGGUUCGGACCUUCACCGACCGAUGGUCAGCCAUCGGACCCACGAUCGUCCACUGCAGUGACGGCUGUGGUCGCACGGGCACCUACAUGUGCAUCGACGCCAACCUGGAGCUGGCGGACGAAGACGGCGAGUACGACGUGUUCGGCUACACCAAGAAGCUGCGAGCGGCCAGGAAAGGCAUGGUCGACACCGUGGAGGCGUACAAGUUCGUGUACGAGACCUUGGAAGAGGCCUACGUGUGCGGCAAGACGUGGUUCCCGGUGUCCGAGCUCUCCGAGCAGCUCAAGUUCAAGUCGGCCAAGAACCCAAUCACCAAGGUCAACGAGUACCAGAAGGAGUACGAGAAAAUCUGCAAGAUGUCGUCCAAGCUGUCCAUCGGCGACUGUGCCGGAGGUCAUCGGCCCGAGAACAGGGACAAGAAUCGAGACGUGGCCACCGUGCCACCUGACAACUUCAGGCCGUACCUGACGUCAUUCCAAAGCAACGACAACACGGACUACAUCAAUGCCGUCUUCGUGGACGGCUACAGCCGUUCCAAGGAAUACAUCGUGACCGAGUGGCCCAUGGUCCGGACCGCGCAGGACCUGUGGUCUCUGGUGUACGACCACGACUGCAACUCUGUCAUCGUCCUCUGUAAUCCCCCGCCUUCGAACGCGUACCCCUCCUUCUGGCCGACGGAGAAGGAAAAGCGUAAGAAGUACGGCCCCGUAUUCACGGUGGACGUUGUUUCCUACAACCACUAUCCGAAAAUCAAGACCUGGAUCUUCAGGAUAAACAAGAAGGUCGUGUCGCUCACGGAGCUGAUGGCAGGCGUGAAGGCGGAGCCCAAGACGACGCAGAUCUUCCAGAUCACCUGCUGGCCCGAGCGCCACAAGGUGCCCACCUCCACCAACACACUGGUCGAGCUCAUGAACAUGGUCGAGAGGUGGCGCCAGAGGACUACCUACGGCCCCGUUCUCGUCAUAUCCACGAACGGCAAGAGCCGCGCGGGCGUCUACUGCGCGGCCAACGUUGCCAUCGAGCAGGUGGUGGAGCACGGCGAGGUCGACGUCUUCCAGGCGGUGAGGACGGUGCGGAGGCACCGGCCGCAGCUCGUCGAAAACAUGACCGAGUACAAGUACUGCUACGACCUUAUCCAGCACUACGUGCUGCACUACCUGAACAAGGAGUGAUUACGAUGGUGACUUGACGACAUGAUUUUCAAUCAAGCAACUUAAACUUACGUAAACGCCCUCUUCCGCGAAAGGAAGAAGCAAGGAAAGACCUGAUUCGUGACGGGUGUCGACGAACAGCUAUAUAUAUGAUGAAUUGUAAGCAAUGGUCGCCGAUCAACUGUCACAUCGAUCAACGGUCACACCAGCCGAUGGUCACAUGGAUCAAUCAAUGAUCACACCAACCAACGGCCAACAUUCCAAGCGGCGUCGUCAUGGGAUGACAAUUGAAGUCUGUGCGUGGACUGCUGUUCACAUCCUUGAAGAAGGCGCCGGCCUGUCAUCCUAAGUCUUCUGCUCGCCGCCGUGCUGCGCUGCAGUGGAAAAACUUUGUUUAGUUAGUAUUGCUUUCCCGUGGUUUUCGUACCUUGCAGUAUUUUUCUUACGAGGAGAGUUUGUUUUUUUCGUAUUUAGUGUGUGGUUCGUGUUGGCCAUACGAAGACAGCUAGGGGCGCCGCUGUGGCAGCAUUCGUUGUUCUGUAGUCCCUACAAUACUGGUUAAGUAUAACCGUGGCGCUGCGAUCGCUCGGUUACUACGGGAAUCGUGUUUAGUCCAUGGACUUGUCUAUAGUCUUCGGGCUUGCGGCGCCGAAUGCACUCGUGGCUUUGUUUAUUGCGUUUUGGCUUUCGUUUCGUGUAAACAUACCACUCAUCGUGAACUUUGCGAUCCGAUUUCAAAUGGUGACCCUAAAUUGAUGAUCUGGAAUGAGUCAGUCUUUUUUUUCGACAAUUACUACUUUUAAAAGGCGAAAAAAAAAUUAAACGUGGAGGUGAAAUAAAAGAAGCAUAUAGGCCAGUCAAUAAACAUACGAACUGUU